GAGCAGACCUGACAUGUAUCCGCGCUUGCUAUCCAUGACACGAUUCCGGGGGUGGGCAUCGCCCCUCGGGUCGGGGUGGGUCUCUCGGUCGGGCCGGAUGCCGGGGAUCCUUCUCGGGCCCCGCUCUAUCCCGUCGCGGCAGUGUCUACACUGGCGCUUUCCUUGACGCCUCCCUAGUGCCCACUACGCCCAUCCUAAUGAGUAGCAAAUUAGAAUCCAAAGUGUUGGAAAUUCGGGACCUGAGUUAUUGUCAAGCUCAUUGCACGGCAAGAGUGUCCUAUGAAUACGUCUCGAACCCCAUCAGCUUCGCCCUUGUCUUGUUCGCACUACCGGGUUUCUUCUUGUAAUUCAGAAGGACUCAAUUAUCUGUAUUUAGGAGUUUAUUCUAUUUCUUCACCUAGCAUCAAUGGGCUCCAUCCCCGCGCCCUCCCCUCUCCUUCUGGAGCUUGCGGAAGCCACGCUGGCUUCCGCCAAGCGAUUGGAUGAAGGACUAGCCGCAGAGGGCCUACCACAGCCGUCAUUCGCCGCAGAUGGACCAGUCUACGUUGUUACUAAGACUACAUCUAAAGAGGUUCAAGAUGCCAGGACUGCCGUCGCAGAAGCGGCUUUCCAACUUUUUCAACUCGUCACUGGUCCCAGUGAGCUAUUGCCCAACAUCACGGCCAGCUACCACACGAUUUUUGCACUUCAGUGGCUUCAUCAAUUCAACGUGUUUUCUCACGUCCCAUUGGAAGGGACCGUGACUUACGACACGCUUGCGUUCAAGGCUCAGGUCCCGGAGUCCUUGCUUAAAGGAGUGGCGCGUAUGGCAAUGACCAGCAAAAUCUUGGCUGAGCCGAAGCCAGGCCACGUCGCUCACACGGCUAGCUCUGCCAUGUUUCACAAGGCCCCGAACAUGCGAGACUGGGCAAGCUAUAUGUUCAGAGCUUCUAUCCCAACUGCUGCCGCCAUGGUGCGUGCAACCGAGAAGUGGCCGGGCAGCGUCAAAAAGACGGAAACAGCCUACAACAUCGCUUUUGAUCAUAGCCUGCCCUUCUUUGAUCAUCUCUCGCAGAGUCCAGAGAUGACGGCGCAGUUCUCUGGAUACAUGAAGAGCGUGACUGAUGGACAGGGCAUGGAUCUUGCUCACCUCGUCAACGGAUUUGACUGGCUCAGCUUGCCAGAGGGAUCUUUGGUGGUAGAUAUCGGCGGAUCUACUGGCCACGCUAGCCAUGCUGUGGCUGCUGCCUAUCCUCAUUUGAGCUUCGAGGUCCAAGAUCUAGACGCUGUAGUGAAUGGUAAGAAGACGACCGCGGUAUCAGACGACUCUGAAUCUACCAGCCGUGUCUGCUUCAAGGCCCAUAGCUUCUUUGAGCCUCAAACGACCACUGGUGCAGCUGUAUACAUGCUGCGCAUGAUCAUACACGACUGGCCAGAUGCCGAGGCUACCAAUAUUCUCAGCAACCUCGUACCGGCGCUGAAAGCUGGGAAGUCAACUCUCCUCAUCAUGGAUACUGUGCUACCGUCGCCUGGAGUACUACCAUCCGUGAGGGAGCGAGUCAUUAGGACGCGUGAUUUGACGAUGCGUCAGGUGUUCAAUGCUCGCGAGCGAGAUCUGGAUGACUGGAAAGCUUUGCUAAAGGCCGCAGACCCAAGGCUAGAACUGAAGAGCGUGCGACAACCAGAGGGUAGCAACAUGAGCUUGCUAGAGAUCGGACUGGACCCCAUUUCGUGAUCAAGGAACUUACGCUGAAUAGGUAUUGAGCUAUACACUGGACCAAAGGCUGAACGAGGAACACAUUGUAUGUAGAUGUUGACCGGCGCUGUAGAAUGACUCCGGGUCGUACAACUCAAGUCUUGUCCCAAUCAUGCCUCACGAACUCAUAACCUGGAAACUUUACCAAAAAUAUGUUGUGAGUUGCCUGCCUGGUCUUGAGUCCACAUGAUCUCUAGAGCGCUUCUACGGGGGAAACAAGCUUUGCGACGAAGAACAUUGCUGAGGGGUACCAGACGCGAUCUCCAACUUAUUCGGUUGCGUCAAUGUUACCUCGUCUCUAUUGAGCUAAUCUUGCAGCGAGUUUCCAGCACUUAAUAUAUUACAUCGCGCAAGCCUCAACUCGUAACUGAAAAGUUUUCCCGUGGAAGAAAUAUUC